AUGGUUUCGUCCCAAGAACACAACCUGCCCAACGACGUGGUUGUCGCAGCUAAUUUCGCUGUUGCGACUGUUCAAGUUUCUACUACCACUACCGACGAAAACGUCAUACCCCGCGCGCCACCAGCCCAAGCCGCCCACGAUGCGAUUAGCUGCAGCCAAGUGCUAAACGGCAAGCAGGAGCAUUACCUCAAGAGAGAGCUUCUCUCGGAGCAGGUUAAGGCUGAGAUCCUCGAGCUUAACUCCCCCACGGCCUUGCGAAGAUUCGGCGCACCGUUCAAGUCCGAGUUCGGCGAGGUUUCCCCCCUCGAUUCGGAACUACCGAUCCUUCGGUACAUCUUUGUCCACCAUGUUCGAGACUUUCCGUUCCUUGACAAGGCGAGGGAAAAGGAAUUUUGGCAGGAUAAGCUGCAGGUGUUCUUGGAAUCCUUUGCGAACAAGAGCAUUUCCUCGUCAGAGGAUCGUCUCGAAGAAACGAAGCGAAGGAAACUCGCGAUAAAAUGCCAGAAACUCGUCGAGCUGAUGAUGGUGUCCGGAGUUCGGACGUCUUCCGGCUUCGAAGAACGUAUUAGGUUCUCCGAGAUUGAGUUCGUCGAUAGUAAUGCGAUCGAUACCGGUGUGAUGCACAGUCUCCCGGAGGGCAACUACUUUAACGGAUGGGAUGUUAACGUUGCCGGCGUCCGCAUGGUCUCGAUCAAGCGGAAUAUCCGGUACCACAAGCACGCUGAAUUUAUUCUCCGCGUUAAGAGGAAGGGAGAAAUCGAGCAUUUUGUGGCGAGACGAUAUGGCGAUUUCCAUCGGCUUCAUCACCGGCUUCGCCUCGAGCUUCCUGGCAAGGUCCUCCCAGUGCUCCCCAAGAAAAACAAGUCCGACUCCACUGCGCCGAGCCUUGCGUCCUUUCAGUUUGACGUCCCCGAGUCCGAAGAGUCUUCGAUAUCUUCAUCGUCUACCCCGAUAUCUGCCGACCUAGCUCUACCGCAUACGAAUGGGGCGGCGGACAGAACUUCGAUGACGCUUGCUGUUCGGGGCCAUCGUAGAGAACAAUCUUUCAACUCUGCGAGGUCGUCGCCUCGCCCCUCGACCGACGGGCGACCGAAAACGCCGCUGCCGAAGGAAAAUACGGAUCACCCUGUUACUCUUUUCAGAGAGACCCAAAGGAUUUCGCUUAGAGCCUACCUGAGAUCGCUUUUGCAGAGUCCUCAAAUUGCGCAGACCAACGCCAUCCAAGACUUCCUGACUAAGGACCGUAUUCAACUACAGGACGAGGAUGUGGAUGACAUUGUCCGCAGAAAGGCCAUCGAUGAGCGUCGCGUUGAGGAGCAGAAGCAAUUCUACGAGAUUGCGAGACGGAGGGCGGCCGAGCUUGAUGUUUAUAUGGAGGAAUUCCGACGCGAGAUCGUUGAGCGAAAUGGCCUCACAAAGCUCUUCGAGGAGAUCAGAAUCAAAAAGACCAUUCCGGACCUCAGUAUACAGUAUCGAAAGUUUGCCGAGUGGCUCAGGAUCGAAGUCGCGGCGACCAUCUACCAUCUCUUCCUCGCCGAGGACAACUCGCCCGAGCUCUUUUCUCAACUGAAACGAAUUCACUCCUUGAUACCCUACUCCGUCAUCAAGAACGUCAUCCGCAUCACCAACCCCGCCGCCGUCAUGUCAGGCAUCCUUGACAUUUUCCUUGCCCAACCCUUCAACACUCGCUCGCUUAUGCAGCGGAUAUUCUCCCUGACACUGCACGAUGGCAUUCGAAGCGUCCAAAAGUCGAUAGAUGCCCUCGCCACGAGGAUCAACGACAAGGUGUUCGUAGACAAGAUAAUCAAAUUUGUCGAAUCUCCCGAACCCGUCAAGCAAGAGGUCCGGCAAGAGGCGGAGCUUCUGGGUGUGGAUCACGUCGUUGCUAUCAUACAGAGCGAGGCAAUUGGCCCCGAGAUCACGCCGGCGCAAAUGGAGCGCAUCUUCAACGCCUACGUCGCCUUCAAUAGCGCCGUAGAGAAUGUCGAUCAGGAACUGAAGCAAGGCGCGCAGCUCUUCUCGUACUUGAAGCAGUUGUUGAAGCUCAGCACGCGCCAGCGUGAUAAACUGAUGAUGCUGCAUCUGAUCGAGGAGCCCGUGACGCUGCAGCUCUUCAGGGACCUCUUCACCAUUUUCUACGAGCCUCUUGUAAGGGUAUACAAAUCUGCAAACGUGUACAACAGUGUUACAGACUUCGCCGUGUUCAUCGAUGAUGUUAUUCAGGUUGUGGAGCGGUUCCACGAACGGGACGCGUCUGCUGAUCCCAACCAGACGGUCCAGGCAUUCAUUGACUUGUGUCAGAGGCACGAGCACAACUUUUAUAAAUUCGUCCACGAAGUACACACGCACGACAAUGGCUUGUUCACGCAGCUGAUGGCCUGGAUCGAGGACAUUCUCGAUUUCCUGCGAAAGGGCCCUACGAACGGGACGCUUAACAUUAAUGCCUUGUUCGAGGGUGCGGUCAGCGCUGGCCUCGUGGACAAGGAGAAAGUCAUAGCGGAGGUGAACGAGCUCAUCAAGUGGCAAGAGGCAAGGAAGAAGUGGCAUCACGACAAGACGCGGCAGAAGAUGGCGGCCGAGUCGAGUGGUGGAUUCGAUACCGGAUUCGACGCCCUCGUUUCUAGCUUCAACUCGUCGGACUUUGGACUCGACCAGGGCGACCUGGACGAUCUAGCGUACGAUGACGACGAAGAGUAUGAGACGGAGUCCGAGGCGGAGGAAAAUGACGAAUUGGGCCCCAUCGAGGCAGAGAGGAGGCGCAGGGCCAAGAGACGGGAUAGGUUGAGGCGAAGGGCGGGUGAGCCAACGAAGCCGCACAUUGAGGAGAUUCACAAGAUGCAGGAGAACUUUAUCGUUAUGCUACGUCAUGUGCUUGCGGAGUGA